AUGGAAAAAAUGACCGAAGAAAAGUUCGAUCCUAUACUGUUCUCGAUGGCACAGCAGAUGCCCGGCGGUGUACCGGAUCUGCUUGACAUUCUGUUCGGUUUUCUUGCCAGGAAGACCGAUUUCUAUACUGGUGCUGGCGUGGAUGAAGCACGAAGCUUGCUCUUGAAAUACUUUGAAAAGCAUGGAAACGAAGCGAUAGAGAAAGCUGCCGAAUUGAAAAGGAAAAAGGAAGAACAAGAACGCAAACUCGCUGAAAAACGAGCUGCACAGAAGGUAAAGGAGGAGGAGGAGUUCAGGGCACAGGCCACCAGCACCAGCAAGAUUGAAGAAAUCUCCGACGCAGAAGCCGCUGAAUUCGAGAAACAGCAAAAUGGUCAGCACGCUGCAGCUGAAACGGAAAGUUCAGAGACAAAGAAAUCCGAAGAUAAAAAGCUAGCAGAGGACGAGGAUGAAGAAGACGAGGGUAAACUUCGUCCUAACAGUGGUAAUGGUGCUGAUUUGGAACACUAUCAAUGGACACAAACGCUGCAGGAAGUCGAGGUGCGAAUUCCGUUUACAGUUGGUUUUCCACUAAGAUCAAGAGAUGUCGAAGUCAGUGUGGAGAAGACACAUUUACGUGUAGGUUUGAAAGGCCAUCCUCCCGUCAUUGAUGGGCCUCUGUUUCACGAGAUCAAAACUGAGUCCUCAGCUUGGGUACUUGAGGAUAGGAAGGUUGUGGUUGUCUCAUUCGAAAAGAUGAACGGAAUGGAAUGGUGGAAGUAUGUGGUCAAGGGUGAACCAGAAAUCAACACCAAGAAAGUGCAGCCAGAGAACUCGAAAUUAUCCGAUCUUGAUGGCGAAACGAGGAGUAUGGUCGAGAAGAUGAUGUAUGACCAGCGCCAAAAAGAACUUGGUUUACCAACUAGCGAAGAGAAGAAGAAACAAGAUAUUCUGAAGAAAUUCAUGGAACAACAUCCAGAAAUGGACUUCUCACAGGCAAAAUUUAGUUAAAGGCUCACAUUUUGCGCCAUUCGAGUUGUCUUUUGUUUCAUUUUGUACGUUUGAAAGCCGAGUGUUUUUCCUGCUGGUAUCGUAUUUUUUUGUUGUGAUUUCAUAUUUGUCUUGUUGUUUUUGAGUAACCGUUUUAUCAAUGAAACUUUUCUU